CUAAUCUCUGAGCAAACUAAGAUCGUCUUCUUAAUAAAUAUCUUGAUGAUUAACGAGCUAGAGUAGAGGGUUGACACGAAAUGUGGAGGUUGAGAAUCGGAGCUGAGGCAAGACAAGACCCUCACUUGUUCACCACCAACAACUUUGCCGGAAGACAGAUCUGGGAGUUUGAUGCUAAUGGGGGCUCUCCCGAGGAACUUGCCGAGGUCGAGGAGGCUCGCCUGAAAUUCUCAAACAACAAGUCACGUUUCAAGGCUAGUCCUGAUCUCUUCUGGCGUAUGCAGUUUCUAAGGGAGAAAAAGUUCGAGCAGAAGAUCCCCAGAGUGAGAGUAGAGGAUGCAGAGAAGAUAACAUAUGAAGACGCGAAAACAGCACUAAGAAGAGGAGUACUCUAUUACGCAGCGUGUCAGUCUAAGGACGGGCAUUGGCCUGCUGAAUGCUCUGGUUCUAUGUUCUUGGACGCUCCCUUUGUGAUAUGCUUGUACAUUACCGGACACCUGGAGAAAAUCUUCACUCCGGAGCAUGUCAAAGAGUUACUCCGUUACAUGUACAACACUCAGAACGAAGAUAAUGGCUGGGGGUUAGAUGUGGAAAGCCAUAGCGUUAUGUUUUGCACGGUCCUCAACUACAUCUGCUUACGGAUUUUGGGAGUAGAACCAGAUCUUGAUGGUCAGCGAAGUGCGUGUGCAAUGGCUCGUAAAUGGAUCCUAGACCAUGGGGGUGCCACCUAUGCGCCCUUGAUCGCUAAAGCUUGGCUUUCGGUUCUCGGAGUGUAUGACUGGUCUGGUUGCAAACCGUUACCACCCGAAAUUUGGAUGCUCCCUUCUUUUUCUCCCAUAAAUGGAGGUACUUUAUGGAUAUAUAUCCGGGAUCUUCUCAUGGGAAUGUCAUACUUGUAUGGUAAAAAAUUUGUAGCUACACCAACCCCUCUCAUUCUACAGCUCCGGGAAGAACUUUUUCCUCAGCCUUACAACAAAAUCAUUUGGAGCCAAGCUCGUAAUAGAUGCGCAAAGGAAGAUCUAUUCUAUCCAAAGUCAUUUGGACAAGAAUUGUUUUGGAAAGGGGUUCAUAUGCUUUCGGAGAAUAUCAUAAACCGCUGGCCUUUCAACAAGUUCAUAAGACAAAGAGCACUUCGAACCACAAUGGAACUUGUUCACUACCAUGAUGAAACGACCCAUUAUAUCACUGGUGCAUGUGUUGCGAAGCCGUUUCAUAUGCUUGCAUGUUGGGUAGAAGACCGGGAUGGUGAUUAUUUCAAGAAGCAUCUUGCUCGAGUCCCCGAUUUCAUAUGGAUUGCCGAAGAUGGCCUUAAAAUCCAGUUAAUGGGUAGCCAGUCGUGGAAUGCAGCCCUCUCGCUCCAAGUUAUGUUAGCCGCAAACAUGGAUGAUGAGAUUCGAUCAACCCUGAUAAAAGGAUACGACUUCUUGAAGCAAUCUCAGAUUAGCGAGAACCCUCUUGGGGAACAUCUCAAAAUGUUUAGAGACAUAACCAAAGGGGGAUGGACAUUUCAGGACCGAGAACAAGGGUUGCCGAUUUCGGACGGUACUGCCGAAAGUAUAGAGUGCUGCCUACUCUUCCACCGCAUGCCCUCCGAGUUCAUUGGCGAAAAAAUGGAUGUAGAGAAGCUCUAUGAUGCCGUCAAUUUUCUAAUCUAUCUGCAGAGUGAUAAUGGAGGUAUGACGGUUUGGGAGCCAGCUCCUGGAAAAAAAUGGCUAGAGUGGCUUAGUCCGGUGGAGCAUGCAGAGAACACAGUUGUGGAGCAUGAGUACCUUGAAUGUACGGGCUCGGUGAUUGCGGGAUUGGCUAGCUUUACGAAAGAAUUUCCCGAUCACCGACCAAAAGAAAUCGAAAAUUUAAUCAAGAAAGGCGUAAAAUACAUGGAGGACUUGCAAAUGUCAGAUGGUUCAUGGUACGGAAACUGGGGUGUUUGUUUCACGUAUGGAACGCUUUUUGCAGUAAGAGGUCUAGCGGCUGGAGGGAAGAAUUAUGGUAAUUGCGAAGCUAUACGUAGAGCGGUACAGUUUGCUCUCAACACGCAAAACGUCGAAGGCGGUUGGGGAGAAAGCCCUCUGUCUUGCCGUAACAAGAAAUAUAUUCCUUCCGAAGGAAACAGGACAAAUGUGGUUAAUACCGGACAAGCUAUGAUGGUUCUAAUUAUAGGUGGUCAAAUGGAGAGAGACCCUUCGCCUGUUCAUCACGCCGCCAAAGUGUUGAUUAACUCACAGUUGGAUAAUGGUGAUUUCCCACAACAGGAAAGAAGAGGGAUCUACAUGAAUAUGCUGCUGCAUUAUCCAACCUAUAGAAACAUGUUCACUCUUUGGGCACUCGCAUUUUACACAAACACUCUACUACGUCUGCUCUAGUCUUGACGACAUCAUAUUUGAAUCUUAAUAAUAAAUUACCAUCAGAUAAUUACAUUUGAAACUAAAAUAAGACCUAUGUAAUACAUACCCCAGAUCGGGAUAUCCACCUUUCAAAAAUCUUUGUACCAUGUGCUAUUUUUUUUUAAGACGCAUCUCCCGUGAGAAAAGCUAAUCACCAGAGUUGCUAAUAUAUAAAUUAACAUAAUAAUGAGAGUGAAAGGGGGAAAGAAGAGAAUUGUUUUUUG